CGGCCACACCAUAACAAACCCCAGCAUAGACUAACUGUAUGAUUAGCAGUUGCAGUCAAUUUAGACAGAUAGCCUGUUAUUGUAAUUUUGUCUAACGAUUUCAGAUGCCAACCAUGGCUUCCCUUCCUUAUGGAAGCUGCUCCGCCCAUAUUCAGGCCAGUAAGGGAGCAGAUUCCAACAUCAUGAAAUUCUACUGCACAGAGCAUGCCUCUAAUUAUGGCAAAAACUGGGAGAAAUUCCGCCCCCGUCCAUCUAGACACACAGGAACUGGAUACCUGUCUAAUUUCCGUCCUGGAGUGUAUUAUAGCAGAAGAUUAGAUGAUGUAGAUAACCCAGCUAUGGCGCGCUUGAUAGCCAAAAACUAUCACUCUGUCACAGAGCUUGCAUUUCAACCAUACAAAGUGAGUUCCAGUGGCAAGGAUCCACUGCCAAUGAGUGUGUACCAAGCAGGCAGUGGUUUUAUCCGUCAGAAGCCCAUCACCGCUCCCACCAGCAGGGCAGUACAGAGUGUUUGUAUUGACACCAGAAUGUCGAAUGCAUCGGCAGAUAUUUUGCCAAGAUAUAAACCACUGCUGCACAAGAUCCAGUCUAAAGAUGCUGUGGAAUUAGAAAAUUCUGGCUAUGGUCCAGGUUUUAUGACAACUGAAACUAAGGAGCGAUUCAAAGGACAACCAAGUGAAAGAAUGGACACAACAAUGAAAACUCUUGGACCCAAUGAAGAAACUGGAUUCACACAUGCUUACAAUGUAGAGCCUGUCACCUACCACCCGGGAUCCCCAUACAAGGGCGACAGACCAGGAUACAUCACAGAUAGACCUACUGGAAGAAGUAUCAUGAAGACACAUUUCCAGCCUUCAGAAUUUUUACAUGGAGGAGAGCCAUUACCAACCAUUCCUAUUGGGUCUGAGCGGGGGACAGGUUUCACUGCCGGCACCAAAGCCAGACCAGUGUUUGUUAACAGGGUGAUGGGAGAUGCAUAUGACAAAGCCGAUGACAUGCCUCGUGCAAAACUGGAGAGAACUAAGAAACAAGAUCCUACAGAAUACAUGAAUAUGACACACCCUAACAAUUAUACAAGUCUUGCCAAAGAUACAUUCCUUGGUCAACAACGUCCAGAUAAAACGGAAGCUGAUCGCCUGGAAACAACAGGAGUUGGUUUCAAGGAAUUGACAGGGUUUAGUGAAAAUAAUGACAGAUUUGUGCAAACAUCUGAUAAUCCAAGGAGAUUCAUUACACAUUAUGCAACAAGGUUUCCUGAUCCUACCCCAGAGGACAAGGAAAGAGAGGGCCACUGCAGAGGUGGAGUGCAUCUGCAAAAGUCUGAUGGUUUUACAAAAAGCACAGCUGUACAUUCAUAUGGCCCUGACAUUAAUACUACUGCAACUCUUAGGUCAUUACAUCCUUAUGUGGGAAGGAGUAUUAGAGCACGGGACUCCUACUUUGAUGAUCAUACCCAUGACCUGAAGUUACACAGAAGUGUGACCGUUGCUUGAAAUAAGGAUUUAUUAGCAUAAUAUUUUUUCACUUUGUCCGUGGAUCCUGUUGAAGGAAUCUGGUCAUGUAAACAGUCAAAUUCUCUUAAGAAAUCAUUGAACAGAUGGACAAACUUGAAAACCUUUCAAUGAACAAUUUUUAUAUUAUGUGGCUCGUGUUAGAAUUUUCGUAAAUGCCAUUGGAAAGUGACACUUAAAGUGUUUGUGAUAAUUUUUUAAAUUGCUAGUGUAGAUGUUUUUUCAAGCUUGCCAAGAAAGAGGAGAGAACUUUUCCCACCUAUCACUCGUUUUCAUUUCAUCGUCAUAAAACAAACAUCAUUUCAUUUGUACUUUUGAAUAUCUAACAUAAUGUUUCCUUUAAUCAAUGUGAUAAUAAUUUGCAGUAUGGAUGCUUUUGUUUCAAUUUUAUCCCCAUUUCUUGUGCAGUACUACUUAGAGUUGCUCAAAUGCUCACAUGAUGUACGACUGGCAUUUACACAUUUUCCAUAAUGAAAUCUAUUUCAAUAAUUUUUAAUGUAAAUAAUUAUGUGAUAA